ACCCGCCCUGCAGCUGAGAGCUGCGGCGCGUGAGACAGUUGCUGUGAUGGUUCGGCGUCCUGCCGUCUCGGUGGCUCAUCUGACGGCGCGCUGGGAGACUGGAGAGCUUUUUUUCUUCUUGACGCCCCGAGUCCCGAACCAGCAGCGACUCCCGGCUCCGUCGUAGCGAGGACAGGAAUCGGCUCCCAUGCUGGGUGCUUUUUGCCUCGCGCCGGGGCACUGAAUGUCACCUGCAGACGCGAUGGAUUACGGACGGAUUGUGGCCCCUCCGGUGCCGCCGCACAAAGCCCAGCCCGCCCGGCCGGGGCAGGGGUCCGGGCAGGAGCGCCUGCUGAAGUGCGUCCUCCUCGGAGACGGAGCGGUGGGGAAGACCAGCCUGGUGGUCAGCUACACGACCAAUGGAUACCCGACCAAAUACGUCCCGACUGCUUUCGAUAACUUUUCGGCUGUGGUUCAGGUGGACGGGAGCCCAGUGAGACUACAGCUGUGUGACACUGCAGGACAGGAUGAGUUUGACAAACUCCGCCACUUCUGCUACAGUCGCACCGACGCCCUGCUGCUCUGCUUCAGCGUGGUCAGCCCCGCUUCCUUCCAGAACGUGUGGGAGAAGUGGGUCCCCGAAAUCCGCCGCCGUUGCCCCCUGACCCCGAUCCUCCUCGUGGGCACGCAGUGCGACCUGCGGCAGGACGUCAAGGUGCUGAUCGAGCUGGCGCGGCGGAGGGAGAGGCCCGUGGCAGAGGAGGACGCCAGAGCGCUCGCGGAGAAAAUGGGCGCCGUCACGUACGUGGAGUGCUCGGCGCUGACCCAGAAGAACCUGAAGGAGGUGUUCGACGCAGCGAUCUCUGUGGGGCUGCGGCACUCCGACAGGAGGGCACGCCGGGAGAGGAAGGUCCGCAGCACCGCCGAUAAGAUGAAGAUGCUGUCCAAGUCGUGGUGGAAGAAGUACGUGUGCGUCCAGUAGGAAGGGCGAGUGAUGGAGUUAAAAAAAAAAAAAGUUGUUCUUUUUGGGAACUGACACGAAACUGGAUCUGCCGUGGUUUCCAGAGAGAGACUGUUGAAUGUAAGGACAUGGACGAACUGGUCCGACGGACAGGAGGGUUCUGAUGGUGGGAAAGAAAACUAACUAAAAACAACCAGCAGUCAACCAAAAGUAACAUGGAGUUUGUAUACUGGACUCAUUCAAAGAAAUGUGACUUGAAGGGAAGCUAAUGAUAAGGUGGCGAUGAUAAUUGUUCUCCUCAUUUUCUUCUUUUUCUUUAAUUUAGUUCCUUUUUUUGUGAGAUCAUUCGUGUUAUGUGUUUUAGACACCGUGGCUUUUUAUGGGAUGAUUUCCAAAUGACCAUAAAACAGUAAGUUAAAUGGGUCAAUGUGAGCCAUUCAGAUAGUGGAACCAAGUUUAAAAUGCAAUUAUUUAGUCUGGUAAAUUACAAACAAGUCAGUUUGUUGUUUUCCUUCAAAUUUCCAGAUAGUGCAUGUGUAUCAGAUUACAAUCAAACUUACUAUUAGUCUACAUUUUAUAAAAACUGACAGAUUUGUUAAAAAUUCAUUUUCUACUAUACAUUUAACAUAGACAGUUAUAAUUUAAGUUGUUGAUGCAGACAUCAAGACUUUUUUUUUACGAGAUCUGUAGCGUAAACAUUGUACAUUAAUGCCUCAAGAACUCAGAAUUACACAUUUAUUUGAAAUCUAACCAAUGACGGUUAUCCAGGCAACGUGCAACAGAUGAGACUCAUUUUAGAUUUUUGAAAGCUUCACUUCUGCAAUAUGACUGAAAAAGUUUGAGAUUUUUUAUUUUUUUUCAUGCAUUUCGUUCCUGUUACACAACCGCAGAAAUUUCUAGGCGAUUUUUGCACUUGUAUGCAAUUCACAAAGAUGACGGGAUAUCUGGCCAUCUUUGGACACCAGUCGUUGGAUGCAGUUUCAAGAACGGAGUCGUGUUCGCUGCAAAGCAAGUCUGAUUUACAAGAUCACUGCGCGUUUUCAUUGUAAGCCAAGUCUCAGACAGAUCAGUGUGAAGCUGUUUCCUCUUUUGAAACCGAAUAAAUGAGGUAAAAUGACCAAAGAGACUGAUUCUUGGUUCGCUUCUUAUUUUUCAGAAGCCCAUCCGAUCUGUUGUGUCUAUUUAUCUGCUCCCUCCAGGCCAGCAACAACUGAACAACCUCGACACACGAAAAAAAGACUGACGUGUUGCGUGGACAAUAUUUUCCAUGUGUGUAAUGCCAUCAUGAUAACUGUGGAUGUAGACAGUAAGUGACUGAUUCACAGGCUGUGCUGUAUGAGAUCCUGUCUGGUACUAGAGAGGUUAAAGCUGAAUGAGUGGAACUAAAUAAAAUGUGAACUAUA